AGUUAAGAACACGGCUCUACUCUAGAAGUGAGUUGUCAAUGGUGAAACCCAUUGUAGAAAUACACGAGUGUUAAACUGGGUACAUUUUCUCUAUCAACAAUGAUUAAAUCUUUGACUGUAGAACAAAUAAUGGACUGGUUUACCAUCGGGAAAAACGUUGCUAAUGUCCAUUUAUUAAGUGAUACUUCGUCUAGGAAAAGUACGAGCAAAAAGCUGCACAAUGAUAACCCUACUCAGCAGCGCGUCAACGAAGACGAAAAUGCGAAUUUCCACAAACGGAAUGAAGGAACAGAAUACGUAGAAGAAUACAGAAGAUUAGAUGAGCAGGAAUUUCUGCAAGCAAAGUUUCCUGAGACUAUAAACCGAACAGGAGUUGUGAGACGUAGCCAAACAAAAUUGGAUUGCACUGUACGGAGACAAUAUGAUUAUCCUGAUCUACCCAUAAAGAAAUGCAGAGAAGAGCUAAUUAGUCUGAUUGAAAGCAAUUCAGUUGUGAUUGUGCAUGGUGCCACAGGUAGUGGUAAGAGCACUCAGCUUCCACAGUACAUUUUGGAUUAUUAUAACCAGCAAUCUGAGUACUGCAACAUAGUCGUUACUCAGCCUCGAAAAAUUGGUGCCAGCAGUAUUGCACGAUGGAUUAGCAAAGAACGAGCAUGGCCAUUGGGAGGCAUUGUAGGAUAUCAGGUUGGUUUAGCUAAAGUGGCAACAUCUGAUACCCGACUUAUUUAUAUGACAACUGGUGUUCUCCUCCAAAAACUGGUUUCUGCCAAAAGCCUAAUGGAAUUCACACACAUUUUCAUUGAUGAAGUUCAUGAGAGAACAGAAGAUAUGGAUUUCCUUUUGCUGGUUGUUCGUAAGUUACUCCGCACAAAUUCACGGUUUGUAAAGGUAAUUCUGAUGUCUGCUACAAUCAACUGUAAGGAGUUUGCGGAUUACUUUGCCAUCCCAGUCCUCAACAAAUUAAAUCCAGCAUAUAUAUUUGAAGUGGAAGGCUCUCCAUAUGCCAUUGAAGAAUAUUAUCUUGAUGACUUGAAACAGUUUGAUCCCAGUAAGAUACUACAGUCAUUUUAUGAUGAACCACAUAUAAGAACAGAGACGUAUAAUUUAGCUGUGAGCUUGAUUCAGGAAUUUGACUUGCUGGAAUCCAGAGAACAAAGGAGUUUGAAUAAGGCUGAAGGGAUGUUUUCUGAUCGUGGCAGUGUAUUGGUGUUCCUGCCUGGUUUAGCUGAAAUAAAUUACAUGCAUGAAGCUAUUAAGAACAUGGUUAAUAAAAGACUGCAGAUAUAUCCACUUCAUUCCAGUGUGACUCUAGAAGAACAGAAUGAUAUAUUUGUGGCUCCAGUUCCUGGUUAUCGAAAGAUCAUCUUGUCUACUAAUAUUGCUGAGAGCUCUGUUACUGUUCCAGAUGUCAAGUAUGUGAUAGACUUUUGCCUGACUCGAACUUUAAUAUGUGAUGAAGACACCAAUUAUCAAAGCCUUCGACUAACCUGGGCCUCUAAGACAAGUUGCAAUCAAAGGAAAGGUCGUGCUGGACGUGUUUCAAAAGGAUAUUGUUACAGACUAAUAUCAAAGGAAUUUUGGGCACGUUGUAUUCCAGAAUACCCAGUACCUGAAAUGUUGCGUUGUCCACUGGGAAGCACAGUGCUGAAAGUAAAGUUGCUUGACAUGGGAGAACCAAGAGCUUUGCUGGCAACUGCUCUGUCCCCUCCCAAUGCAAAGGAAAUAGAGCGUACAAUUAUGCUGCUUAAAGAGGUGGGAGCCGUAUCUGUGCAUUCUGCCACAAAUGAUGAAAAUGUUUAUGAUGGAGAGCUAACUUUCCUUGGGCGUGUACUUGCUGUCCUACCUGUGGAUCUUCACCUUGGCAAGCUGAUUGUUCUAGGUCAUGUUUUCGGAUGUUUGGAGGAAUGUCUUAUUAUUGCUGCAGCUCUUUCAUUGAAGAAUUUCUUUGCCAUGCCUUUCAGGCAGCACCUUGAUGGGUACCGAAAUAAAAUAGCCUACGCUGGAGAAACACUGAGCGACAGUAUUGCACUUGUAAAUGCUUUUAAGGCAUGGGAAACUUCCAGAGAACGAGGGGAAUUUCGACAUCCCAAGGAUGAAUUGGACUGGGGAAGAUCCCACUACAUUCAGAUCAAGAGGAUUCGAGAGGUAGCUGAACUAUAUGAAGAUCUCAGAAACAGAGUACGCCAGUUCAAUAUGCAUAUUCAUCUCAGUCGACCAGCAAUGGAUCAACAGUAUAUGUACAAACAACGAUUCAUUUUACAGUUUGUGUUGGCAGGUGCUUUCUACCCAAAUUACUUCAUGUUUAGCCGAGGUGAUGAGGAAAUGGCUUCAAAAGAACUGUGUUGCAAGGAUCCUAAGACUACUGUUGUGCUUAAGAACAUUCCUCCUUUUGGAUUCCUGUAUCACAAGCAGUUGCAGUCUCUCUUCAGACAGUGUGGGCAAGUCAGAGAAAUUUCUUUUGAUGGUGCAAGAGCCUAUGUAGAAUUUUCCAGGAAUCCAGUUGAGAGGUCAAAGAUUUUACCUGCUGUGUAUAUGUCAUUAAAACUGGCACAGUUGAAAGUUCCUUUUGAGAUCAAUGUCCAUUCUGCAGAGGAAAUAGAAGCAAAGACAGGAAGAGAAAAGGUAGCAGGAUUAAGGAAUACAAGGGUUGUGGUUGACUUUUCAAAGCAGACCAUUGAUCCAGUUGGAAUUUCAGGAGGCAUUUUGGAAUCUUCAGUACUGCCAUCAAGCCUUUACCUAUGUAUUAAUGUCACAGAGGUUGUAGAUGUUGGACAUUUCUGGGGUUACAGAAUUGAUUCAAAAAGCAGUCUUAUUCUCAGAAACCUUGCUACUGAGAUCAAUCUCCAGCAGCUGGAAUCAUUGACAGGCAGCCCAUAUCCUGAUCAAAUUUGUUUGGCACCAUUUUCAGAUUCUGGGGAGAAUAAAUAUUACAGAGCAAAGGUUAUAUAUUUUUCUGGAGAUGUUGCUGAGGUAUUUUUUGUUGAUUAUGGUAAUACUGCCUCUGUAAAUAUUAACCUGCUACGGACUAUACCACCUCACUUGUUAGACUUGCCUUUUCAGGCACUAGAAUUCCAGAUCUGUAAAAUGAGACCCUCAGCGAUGUCCCAAGUUUGUGGAGAUGAAUGGUGUUUGGGAGCACGGCAGAAGUUCAUGUCUUUGGUUAAUGGAUGUAGUCUUUACGUGAAGAUUUAUUCCAUUAUACAUGAUGUACUACGUGUAGAUGUUUGGAAGCAGACACCGAGAGGGGAUGUAAACAUUCGGGAUGUAUUAAUUUUGGACGGCUAUGCCGAGCCUGCUGAAGAAUCUUAUGAGUCAAAAAACAGCAAUGAUGUACUUGAGUCAGUAUUCAGGAAUCCAAAGCAGCAGAAACCCAGUCCGAAGAUGAUUUCUGCAUCUGUCAAAGAAGAGGAGAAAAAAGUGAUUCAGAGCUUAGUAGACAACAUCUCUGCAAACAAACUGGGAUUACCAAAAUCUAAGGUCUUACUUCAUGGCCCCUUCAACCCGUAUGAGGGCAAGUUGCACAGUAUGACUAGUAUAUCUAGAUUCAGAACUGUUUGGAUGGAGAGAGAGAGUGUAAAUUCCAUUGUGAUAAAUGUGAUUCCUGAAGAUACUCAACAGAGAAUUCUGAUUGCCGCUUCUGUAUCAGUAAAUGCAUCCGGGUCGUCUUUGUUGCUGAGAGAGACUACUUUUAUGCCAAACAUCAGUGGUUUGCCAGCACUUAUCUGCAUGGUAUUUGCCCCUGCAAUUGAACUGAGGACCAAUUCUGCUAGGACUCGCUAUACUGGUGUCCUCUGUGGACUGGGCUGGAAUCCUGCUUCUCAUUCUCCAGUGUUGGCUGAACAUGACAUCGAGUUACCAUUUGAUGUUGUUAUGGAAGUAGAUGAUAUACUUCAGAUUAAUAUUCUACGAGUAGCAAUAAACAAACUAAUUUGUGAAGGACAAGAGUGCCUUGUGAACCUUGGGACUGAAAGGAUUGCUCAUCUUCAGGAAGAUGCUCGCCAGAAAUUAUUAGACUUGGUCAGUCCACCUAGACCUAGGACAACCAUUUCUCAAGUGUGGUAUGACAAACCAUAUCAAUGGAAUCAGGUUGAGCCUAGUUAUCUUGUCAGCCAGUCUUGUCAGGAGGAGGAACUUGGAGAAAAGAAUGUCCUUUAUGAGUUGCAUAAGCUUAUUUUGCUAAAUCCUUAAGACUGAGAGGGAGUUUUCAAAAUUAUGACAGUAAAAUAAUGUAAAGGAAAAUAAUUUAUUUUUUUUCAAAUAUAAAAGGUACACUGUUUUGUGGCAUAAUUUGUAAUGUUUAGGUACUUAACACUAUCAUUGCUGUUUGUUGUCCAUUUAUUUAAAAUGUAAUUAUUCUUAACUAGUGUUAAUAUGUAAGUACGUAUGUUUCAUUCCCAUUUUCAUUCAGAUUUGAUAAGUGAAUUUACUCUAUUUGAUGACCAGUUUUCAUUGGUUACUUUGCAAAAUAUACUAGUUCAAUGCAUAUGUUAAAGUUUUUUUUCAACAGCGAGUGUUUGCCUACUUUUGACAAAAUGUUAUCUUAGGACUUUAGUUAUGUGCAUGCAAAGUAAGAUUAGGGAAGAUAUUUCAGUUACUUUGAAAAAUACAAAAAGCUCUUUCAAAAUUGUUAAAUUAUUAGGAUCUUUUCGUUGAUUUUGUUUUGAAUGUUUUAUUGAUAUCUACCCAUGUACAAACUGAAAUAGACUGAAUAGAUAGUAGUUUGUACUGAGCAUAAGAGGCUUUAUUUUUUGUAUUGUGAGAAAGUUAUGUUUCUAAUAAAUCUUUUUGACCACUGAC